UGACUAUAUAAUUGCCUAACGUUAUUUGGAAGGUGUUAUUAACCAGCACAAGCUUGUGUUUCGAAAAUGCACUGCAAAAUGCUUCUGUCCAUAGGCUAAAUGAAAGUAUUAAGAUGCCUCUCCCUUGCCCCAGUGGCUAUGGGAUGGGGAAGAGUUUUUUGCAGACUAAACAGCAGAGGGGGUCGGCCCCCUACUCCUUUGGGAGCAAGAAUUCUGACCAACCCUGAGGACAUCUUCCAACAUAACAUGUGGGACCAUGUACAGUGGACAGAGGAAGCGAAAGAAGAAGCCAGACAAAAGACAAACGAGAAUUCCAGUUCACGUAUUCCAUCAGAAGAGCAAGGCAAAUAUGACACCGAUGCCUGUAAAUAUUGGGACAGCUUUUAUGAGAGGCACCAGGACAGGUUCUUUAAAGAUCGCAAGUGGCUGUUCCUGGAGUUUCCUGAGCUUCUUCCAUCAGGACCAGGGGGCAGAGCUACUGAGGAGAGAGAGUGUGGGCCGCAGACCCCAUGUCCAGAGCCUGGUGGGUUUGGCAAGGACCGAAAGAUGGGGCAGCAGGCACCCAGUCACCAGCCCAUAGACCCACUGACUAUUGAAGGCCAGCAGUCCUGCUACAGAGAUUGGAAGGACCCUGUAGAGGCUGCACGUCAGAUCAGCUCUUUCCCAGGAGAACAUGCACCUUUCAGGAUCUUAGAGGUUGGAUGUGGGGCUGGUAACAGUGUUUUUCCUAUUGUCAACUCUAUUAAACACACUGGAGCAUUUGUUUACUGCUGUGACUUUUCAUCUCGUGCUGUUCAGCUGGUGAAGGACCACCCAGACUACGACCAGUCUCUGUGUCACGCCUUUGUCCAGGACAUCUGUGACGAGGUGGCAUCUUUUCCCUUCCCUCCACUCAGCCUGGACGUUAUUCUGCUGGUCUUUGUGCUCUCCUCCAUUCAUCCUGAGCGAGUCCAAGGAGUUGUGAACCGUUUGUCUGAAUUUCUGAAACCCGGAGGAAUAUUCCUCUUUCGGGAUCAUGGCAGAUAUGACUUAUCACAAUUGCGGUUUAAAAAAGGUCGUUGCUUGUCAGAUAAUUUCUACACAAGGGGAGAUGGGACUUGUGUUUAUUUCUUCACCAAAGAUGAAGUUCACAGUUUAUUUUCCAAUGCUGGUUUGGAAGAAAUUCAAAAUCUGGAGGAUAGACGAAUACAGGUGAACCGAGCCAAGAAAAUUGUCAUGUACAGAGUAUGGAUGCAAAGCAAGUACAGAAAAACAUUACCAGCACCGUCGUAGUUGGCCACCACAGUCUCUGCCCAGACAAACAGGUUGCCCCGGGUUGGCUUUGCCCAGGUCUUUCCAAAUCAGAGGUCAGUGGCAGGCCAUACACAUGACCCAGUUUAGUGAGAUGUGUCAGAUUACCUGUGAAGUACUUCUGGGAUCGUCUGCUGCCGGGCUGAGAAAGUGGUAGACGCAGAUGGAGUAUCUUUUGGUUGGUGGGUGCUUACUAUGGCUCCACAUAUCCUAUGUAUGUAAAUAAGAAAUGCUUCUUUUGAAAUCUGUCUUCCUUGAGUAUAUACAUAAAUCUAUUGUUAUCCCAUUGAUUGAAAUUUAAUAUGAAUACUGUCAUACUUCCUAAGAAAUCUAACAGUAAUAAAAGUUGCACAUUCUA